AAUUCGAAAAUUCUUAGGAAUUGUUUGUUUUCUAUUGCUUGCUCCGUUUCUUAUCACCAUUUUGAUGUUUUUAUAUAUCUACCGUUGUUGGGUGGAAACUGUGCUAAGAAUUCAACUUAAAGACAAAUUUGCCGGUCUGUUGGAAGGCUCGGAUGCUAUUUGGUCCGUCGAAGAUGCAUCUUUAUCCUUGAAUACUGUCGUACUAAUAGUGAAAAAAACCGCAAGAAGUACAAAUACGACCUUCCUGAACGAUACGAGAAAAUUCUUUAAUUACGUAUUUAAGACUGCCCCCAAGAGUAUCGAAAAACUGUUUUACUAUAGGUAUCAAAAGUUUGGUUACUUUUAUUGGGAGAAAUCAAAAGAAUUUAAUCCAGAAACCGCGAUUAGAUGGUUGGAGUGUGAAAUCAGUAAUUGCGAUGGAUCUUGCGAGAAUGUUCACAGUACAACAUUUCAAGAAAAUCUAGGAUUUAUAUGCAAUAGACCGUUGUAUAAUGAUCACAAACCGAUGUGGGAAAUUCUCAUCGGCAGACGUUGUCCAAAAUCCAGAUCUUACAUUAAAGAGGAUCCGAGCUUGUCUUCUCAAGACCGCUUUAAUACCGAUGUAGACGAAAUUCCUGUAGUAUUCCGCACUCAUCAUUCUCUUGGUGACGGUAAAGCCUUAUUCAAUUUGCUUAAUGUGAUUGUCGACGAGAAUAUCUCAAUUGAACUGUCGACAAUAAUAGAAGAACCCAAAGACGGCGUCUUGACAGCUAAAGAAAACUAUCUUAAGGAGAAAGCAAUUUUUCCAAAAAGAAAAAUUAUUUUACACUUAAAAGAAGUAUAUAACACAAUUAAAGGAAUCAUGAGAAAAGUAAUACUUAUAUUGUUUUCUCUAGAAAUCUUUGUCUCUCAAAUUGUUCGUAGUAUGGAUGGCAAAAGCACUCUGCAUGGUCGGCCUUUAACAGGUGAGAAACUUACAUUUUCUCGUUUGGAAAACGAUACUGAUAAACCGCAGCUUCUGACGAAAAUUAAGAAAAUAAGACAGUGUACAGGAGCAAAAGUUAAUGACAUAAUAUUAACAGCUUUUGCUGCCGGAAUAAUUAAAUAUUAUUUACGCAUGAAGGAAUUAAUACCCAACGCAAUAUCGGUCAUCAUACCAAGAAGAAUCUCUACGCCUAAUAACGACUUAGUACUGACCAAUGAUAUUUCGUUUAAUAUACUUAAAUGUUGUCUUGUCAACGCGAACAGAGAAGAUGUUUUAACGUCACAUAAAAACUUUCGGUUCUUUGAACGUCUUCAGAGAACUACAAUAAUAAAUAACAAAAUUAGAAAUAGCUUAGAAGCACCGUUAAAUUUUUUCCUGGUUAAACAUUUAAUUGGAAUUUUGCCGGUGGAAAUUAUAAGACCUCUUAUUGCAACUGACAGCACAAUGGGAUUUAGCAAUAUAAAAGGAAUACAAAAAAAAGUUUCUAUUCUAAAUCAUCUUCUAAGCAACAUGACGUUCUGGUUACCAAACAAAAAUACAACCGGAUUGUCCUUAAGUGUAGUUACUUACGAUGGCAAAUUAAAUCUGUCUCUAUUGGUUGAUAAAGCAGUAAUAGGAGAUAUGAAAUUAAUCAGAGAAAUAAUAGACGAGACUAUAUAUGAAAUANACUCUGCGUAUAAUGAUCUCGCAUAACUUUCGGAAUCAUCGGAUUGUUCAGUGAGAACACUUGUGGAAAAAAAUAGAUAAAUAAAAAUCUCGAUUAAGUUUUGAUAUUUUA